UUGUGAAAAGAUAAUAAUUUGUUUGACAGGAAAAAAAAAAUAAGAAAAAAAGAAAAGAAACAGAAAACUUCUUUUUGCUUUACAACGAAGGCAAAAGGCUAAUUCAGAGCUCCUUCUCCUCCACAAUCUUCUUCUUCUCCACCAGAAUCACCAUCAUCAUCAUCGUUUAUUCAUUCCAUCGAUUUAGCGUUCUUCUGAUCAUAGACGUUGAGCGAAAUCAUCAAUUUCCAUUUCUGAUCGAUCGGUCAUCGUUGUUUUCGUUGAUCGUGAAUCAAUGGCGGGGCUAGAGAAAAACGCGGAGCUGAAGAAGACGACGACGAGAUCGAGUUUCUUCAGCAGGUCGAUGACAACUCAUCACGGGAGGCCAGUAGCUUCGUCCCUCAACCCUUCCCUGAAUCGCACCACCUCCAUCACCAAAUACUACACCCCCGUGGAAUCAGUCGGGAGCUCUCUCAAAGGCAAAGUCAAGGACCUUUGCAGAUUAUUCGAAGGCUCCAAAUCAGUCAAACCGACCUCAACCGAUCCUACUCCUCAGAAACAGCAGAAGCUAGGCAAAUCGGUUUUAUCCGAAUCGCGGUUAUCUCCGUUCCUGAGCUUAAGCAAUUCCGUGACUCGCCUCCCCGGGACGGAGGACAGGAUCGUGGUGUUUUUCACGAGCUUGAGAGGGAUUAGACGGACGUAUGAGGAUUGUUACUCCGUUAGGAUGAUUUUUAGAGGGUUUAGGGUUUGGAUCGAUGAGCGUGAUGUCUCGAUGGACGCUGCUUACAGGAAGGAGCUCCAGAUUGCGAUGGGAGAGAAGAGUUGUGUGUCGUUGCCUCAGGUAUUUAUCAUGGGGAAGUAUGUUGGUGGUGCUGAUGUGAUUAAGAGCUUGUUUGAGAUUGGUGAGCUCGCUAAGAUUCUUAAGGCUUUCCCUGUUAGAGAGCCGGGGUUUGUGUGUCGUUGCUGUGGGGAUGUUAGGUUUAUUCCGUGUUUGAAUUGUAGUGGGAGUAAGAAACUGUAUGAUGAGGAUGAAGAUAGGGUCAGGAGAUGUCCGGAUUGUAAUGAGAAUGGGUUGAUACGGUGUCCUGAUUGCUCUUCUUGAGGGGAAGAGAAGACAACCUGAAAAAAGGAAAGAAAAAUAGAGAUGUAUUUUAUUUUGUGUUGUGAUGUGAUGUGAUGUGAUGUGAUGUAAUCCAUUGGUGUGUAGAUCAAAGUGAAUGAUGAUGAUGCUGCAAGUAUCUGAAAAUCUCUUUUGGAUCAGCAGCUUACAUUUCACUUUCGGCUUUUAAGAUUUGUUGUGAUCAUCGGUCUUGGGAGUGCUGAUGAUCGUUGAUUUAGAUAAUGUGUGUUUGCUUGCUACUGAGGACUAAUGUAAUUUGUGUUUGUCGAAAUGUCUGAAACGGGUAGUAAGCAUUUCGGCUCUUGUGUGUCAAUGUUGUGAAAAAAACAACUCUGUUCGUGUGCUAUGUAUUUGAGUGUAGAUACUUGGUGUGUUUAUUUGGUGUUGUGUUUGAUUACGACCGUAGUUGUUUUCUAUAUGAUC